AUGUCUGAGCAAGAACGGACUAUUGUCAAUCACUACAACCUGCCAGAACCGUUCCCCAAGGAGUGGCCCAAAGAGCUCGAUGACAGUGACGACGAUGAUCUCCCCGACGCGGUGGGAAUUAGGCGUUCUCGCUCCCGCUAUUCGGCCCUGGAGAGGAGUGCGAGCGAGAGAAAGAGCCUAAUCCCGGGUUCUCAGAGGACCGGUGACGGCCGCGCAAACCUUGUCCAGAAGGAUGAGCCCGAUCCCCUUGGAGUCCAUUCAAGCGUGGUCAGCGUAUUGAGGACUCAUGGCUUACCGGUAGAACACGAUCCGCGGCUGCGAGAUAAAUUCAUGCUUUCGUCGACAACCUUUUCUCCCGGAAUCUUUCUCUCCCAAGUUCACAUGGAGGCAACCACCGAUGAUCUACUACGAGGAUUGCAAUACCUAUCCAGAUCGAUCGACCAGAAGUCUGCUUCACUCAAAGUCCUGGUGGAGACAAAUUUCGAGCGCUUCGUCCGUGCCAAAGCCACCAUUGACAAUGUCUACACAGAAAUGCGAAAUCAAGGCAUGGACUCAACUGCGUCGCCACGACAUUCCCGGCGGACAAGUGGAAUGCACUUCCGCAAUGUGAGCAGUGGCAGUGCUGCUGGAAUGACCGCUCCCGCCCAUGCACCGAGCAAGAACGCGCUCCGCAAGGAGACGGACUAUGGCGUGCAGGGCAUCAAAGGUCCACUGCUUGAGGUGUCGCAGAAGGCUGAGGAGGUAUGGGGCCCGGCCUUGGGAGGCAAGGAACGUGAGGCAAACCUGAAAGCAAUAGUGGAAGCCAUCGCAAGCAACCGUUCCCUCUACGAGUUGGGUUCCAAUCUCAAUGACGCUAUCAAACAGAAGGAUUAUGACAAGGCCAUUGACCUCUACAGUGCCGCUCGCCGAUACGUCACCGAGGCCAAAAUGCUUAGCGACAGGGUUGUGCAACAAGGUCGCACGCUUUCUGACGACGAGGCCAACAGAAUUGUGGCCAUAGGGAGAAUGUGGAAUGACAUCGAGGACCAAGUCAAGAGUCUGAAGAGAGACAUCUGGCGGAAGCUGUCCAAUCUUCCAGCGAAUCUGCCACUCCCAGGCGCGGCCCCGGCAGAUGAACACAUGGAACUCAUCAAUGUGUUAUUUCAGCUUGGUGUUGAGGAGAGCCCGAUCUGGGUGUAUCUUCUCAGUCGGUACGAUGCAUUGAAAAACAAGAUUGCGGCAGUAGUGGAACGUUCCAAGGUCGAGAUCGAGAUCCUACGGCGUCGUCUUGCUUCGACAGACCCUCCAUCGUCACAGAUAGUUGCUGCAUUCCUGCGACAAGCUUCAAAGGACCGACCAGACGCCCUCGACAGCGAUGACGUGGUCGACUUCUGGAAUUGUAUUCUCACAUAUGUGACCAAAUUACUGUCAUUGUCCAGUGGCUUACUUGGUGAAGUCAUUGAUUUCUGGGAGUCUGCCCAAGGUUUUAUUGACGGCACCAAACAAAAAUCAUUGUCAGUUGGCUUCGAGGGGGAGAGCAGCAAGCAUCACCAACUAUCCGAAACCGAAACGAGCGGUCUGCGCAGUGGAGCGGUCGAAUUGGUCAACCAGCUGAGGGACGCCGUCUUCUCUCUUUUUGCAGAUCCCCCAACGGAAGACAUCUCUUCUCUGUUCUCGCCAAUGCCUGGCUCUGCCGAGACGCCCGUUACUCCGCUCACAGGAACUGCAUUUUCACCCACCGAUGGCCGUAUUGGCUUACUUGAUCCUCAAAACCUGCCUGCGGCUGCAGCGAAGAAAGGUGAAGCUUGGGAAGAUUUCGCUUUCUGGGCUCCCCAUUCGAUCGCUCUGAGUGCCAUUCAAUAUCUUGAAAAGAUUCUGGCACUUAUCGGAACUGCUGCAAGCGAAAUGGUAGCUUUGGGCCCGGUGGGUAAUAACAAUAUGGUGUAUGAGAAGAUCAAAGCAAUGAUUGGGGCCGCUCGCGAACGCUCUAUGAGGGCCGUGUGUGAAGCUUGGAGCAAGGAUGCCGAAAGUUGCAAAUCCUUGGAGGAUUGGGUUCGGGCACCGGAAAAGCGCGAUCAAACACGCAUGCCAUUGUAUUUUGAGGCGUACGAAAGAAAAGUCCUGCUAGGCAUGCAACAGGUAUUGUAUUUCUCGGAUGCCACGGCGAGACCAGGAGCUCGGGAUGUCAUCUCGCCGCCGCCCUCAAAACUGCUGCAGAUGGUGCGGACUCAGUUUGUCAGCAGCAUAUACAAGGCGGUCAGCGGCAUGCUUGAGAAUGCUGAAGCACCGACAGAAGGUGACGAGGAUGACUGGGUCCUGGUAACAAGCCUCAGUUCUGUUGUGGAUGGGGCGUCUCCGACCGAGAUCAUCACUCAAGAUGCUAUCAACGCUUCGAGUCGCAAUGUUCGGAUGUUAUUGACCAUGUCGAACCUCAAAGCCUUGCGGAAUGAGUAUGUGCCUUCACUCAUCCAAGUCUUCGAAUCGGCCUUUUCUGUCAAGCUGGCCGAUGAGUCGAAGACCAUCCGAGAUGUGUUCGGCCAGAUCGAUGCGAAGCUAUUCCACUCUUACAUACGCCCGACCGUCGCACAAUUGACCAAGACGAUCAAAGAAGGCAUCAACUCACCGACUUGGGCGCCAAACACCGCAAGGCCCGACCAAGUUAGACCAUAUGUGUAUGCGACGCUCAUGACCCUAGUCAUGGUGCAUACCGAAGUCUCGACCACCGUGUCCAAUGCAGGCUCCAGCAGCCCUCUCCUGAGCGAGAUUCUGUCUUAUCUGCUUGAAAACGUGUCACAGGCACUUCUCGAUGGCUUCAAGGAGCGGAAACCCAACACGUACACGCUGCCUGCGUUGAUGCAGGCUACUCUGGACACGGAAUUCAUCGCGCAAACAAUGACACAUUAUGCCACGUCCAAGGCCGGGGAGAUCCAGGGCCAGAUCUACACUGAAUUGGACAAGCGGACGACAAACGAGGCCAGAACCCGGCUGCAACAGGAACUGGGCGAAAUGCGCAUCGUGCUAAAAAAGCUCCGUGAAGGUAGCAGGAACACUUUCAGUUGUUUCAAGAGACAGAGGUCCUCGGACAAGGAACGUGGCCGACCAGAGAGGAAGAUGACCGGCACGUAA